GGCGUGCGCGCGCACACACAAUGUAGCUGAGCUGCGUACAGUGGGAGUAGGACCGACAACCAUCGGUGGGCAGGCAGCACUUGACAGGGUUUGGAGCUACUUAAGAGACGUUGCUAGCAUGGCUGUGGCAGUUGGGAGAAAAUCUGUGAAACGGGUAUUGGCAAGUCUACGUUAAUGGACACACUGUUCAAUACAAAGUUUGAAGGUGAUCCUGCAACACAUAAUGAGCCAGGAGUGCGCUUGAAAUCAAAGAGUUAUGAACUUCAGGAGAGUAACGUGUGCCUAAAGCUGACUGUUGUCGACACAGUUGGUUUUGGAGAUCAGAUUAACAAAGAAGACAGGUUUUCAACUUACAAACCUAUAGUUGAAUAUAUUGAUGCCCAGUUUGAAGCCUAUCUUCAAGAGGAGCUAAAGAUACGCCGUUCACUAUUUAACUAUCAUGACAGUCGAAUUCAUGCUUGCCUGUACUUCAUUGCACCUACAGGGCACUCGUUGAAAUCCCUUGAUCUUGUCACGAUGAAAAAACUUGAUAGUAAGGUAAACAUCAUCCCUAUCAUAGCUAAAGCAGACACUGUUGCAAAGAAUGAGCUGCACAGGUUCAAGAGUAAAAUUAUGAGCGAGCUCGUCAGCAAUGGAGUGCAGAUUUACCAGUUCCCAACAGACGAGGAGACUGUGGCAGAGAUCAACGCAACAAUGAGUGUUCAUCUUCCAUUUGCUGUUGUGGGCAGUACUGAAGAGCUGAAGAUUGGCAAUAAGAUGGCUAAAGCCAGGCAGUACCCAUGGGGUGUGGUACAAGUUGAAAAUGAGAAUCAUUGUGACUUUGUAAAGCUGAGGGAGAUGCUUAUCCGUGUUAAUAUGGAGGACCUCCGAGAGCAGACGCAUACCAGACACUAUGAGCUGUACAGACGUUGUAAGCUCGAGGAAAUGGGAUUCAAAGACACAGACCCUGACAGCAAGCCUUUCAGUCUUCAGGAAACGUAUGAAGCUAAGAGAAAUGAAUUCCUUGGUGAGCUACAAAAGAAGGAAGAAGAAAUGAGGCAGAUGUUUGUCAUGAGGGUCAAAGAGAAGGAGGCCGAACUGAAGGAAGCAGAGAAAGAGCUUCAUGAAAAGUUUGACCUUUUGAAGAGGUCUCACCAGGAAGAAAAGAAGAAACUGGAGGAUAAGAAGAAGGAGCUAGAAGAGGAAAUUAAUGUAUUUAGUAAGAAGAAGGCUGCCACUCACCUACUGCAGUCCCAGGGCCAGCAAGCUGGGUCACAGCAGGCAAAGAAGGAAAAAGAUAAGAAAAAUGCAAGCUUCACAUAAGCAAAGCCAUGCAGGUCAAGGAUGCUUCUCUCCCUACCCCAUCCAUCCACUUUGUGCAGUAAUUGAUCUGCCUGCUAUGUUUUUUGAAUACCACUAACUUUAUUAAUGCAUUUAAGUCAACAGCGUGUUGCAGUAACUUCCAGGUGAUGAAGACGCUAUACCAUACUGGAUCGUGGGCAUGGAAACAGUGCCUUUUAAACCUAGUUAAGAGCAGCAGCAGCACUUGUAGCAGAUCCACACUGGAAUAUCCAUUUUAAAUUGGACAUUACAUACACGACAGUUUGUUGAAUCCGUGGUAGAAGUUGUUCAAUCUUUUUCUGGCUGCAUUUAAGCAAAUGACUGUCAUGCAGAAGGCAGAGGUUUUAUUUUUUGCAGUCCAGUAGCUCUGUGCACCUUGGCAGCAUGUGUUUACUAAAUGCAUAUAGAUUGCCACAAUUAACAGGGUACUAACAAUGAGGAAAGCAGAGAGAAAAUACAUUCCCUGAUUGUUACAGUGAAGAGGGUCAAAUAUGAAAAAUGUAGCUACUAAAAAAAUACAUAACUGCAAUUUUACAAUAUUGCUUCUGGCAAAGAUGCAGGAAUUCAGGCAUGCAGUUUUACAAACCAGAUUUCCCUGAUUCUUCCCACCUAUGCUAUGUUGCAUUGACCUAAAGUAUUGAUUUUGUUACACUGCAAGUACUGACAACUGUGAUGCCUGGCAGCUUUGUUAUUUUAGUAGUAGUUAAGAUCUGAUGCCAAGGGCUGCUGGUUCUGCCCCACUGGCAAGACUGAAGAAUAUGUCCAAACAGUCUUGUCAAAGCAGUAGUUCCAAAAUCUGGUUAUAGCCAGACUAGCUAGUUCAAGGUGUUAUCCACAUGAAAGGUCUAGAACAUAUUAAGUAGAUCAGAAAUGUUUCUGAGAUGAAGAUCAUUUACCUGGAAUUCCAGCCAUACUUAAAUACUUUUUUUAAUUGGUGAAGAAUUGUAACAUACUUGGUUGUGGCAUUCUUUUCUGAGCAGUUUUCCCCCGUAUCUCAUCCAUUCCCUGAAGGGGUAUUGCACAUCUGCAGUGUCUGAAGUGUGGUGCUACUUUUUGCUCUGCUUACUCUGUCUAGAAAAUGGAUUUGCAGCUGAAAGCACUGUGGGCCAAAUAUUAAAAUGAAGGAGGUCAGUCAGAAGUUGGACCAAAGGAUAAUAAGGUCAUAGCAAAUUAUCUGUUUCUGCCUACCCCAAGGUGCAGUGACUCUGACUUGUAGUAAUCAAGUAGUGGUGGGACCUUUUAUGGGAGGUUUGAAGUCCCAUCAGGGAAGUAAAUUUAGUUAAAGCUCUCUCUCUUAGAUGAACAUUUGGUUGAAUUUUCAAAAGCUUGUCUAUUCAGAAAAGUUGCAUUCUGCCGCAAAUCCUAGACUCACUCUUUUCUGCUGGCUUACAUAGUGGCCUUUCUUCACUGCAGCAUGCAUAGAACCUUUGACAGCAAAUUCAGUGUCAGCCCCCAACCCCAGCUUGCUGCUUUUUCUUUAAAUAACUUUAUUUGGCGUGUUGCUGAAUUGAAACAUGGCUCUAGAUUACUACUAUUAUUAUUUUCCUGUUGUUCAUACUACCUGCUCAUCACCAACCUUUGUAUGGAGCAGUCUUCCUUUUUCAGAGAAGAUCACAUAACCCAUCUGCACAUAACCAAGUUUUCUCUUUAAUGACUGUAACCCUGCCUCUGGAGGCUGACUUGGGCAUCUGAGUCACUGCGGGGACAUGAUAUACCGUCCCCCAUUGUGUGUAUGCUUCCACACAUGCACACACACACUCCUCCCUGUCCUGUCACCACCAUGGUUGGAGCAGUCAGCCAACUGGAGCCACCAUCUCUGCCACUGUCUCUGAAUGGGUGAGCUAGCUGCCUUAUCUUCUGAUACACUAAUUGAUCUCAGAGCAUUUGAGUGAUAGGCAGGAUUUUAUUGUUGAAUAACUACACCAGUCAUUGAAUUUCUGCAUGGGACAUGAAAAUGGAUAAAAAGAUAAGGGCCACGGUACAUGGAAGUUACAUAAACACACUGUUAAAUUGAGAUUCAGAGCUAAGGUUUUCCUACUGUAUGUUUUGAGGACCUUUCUGAGUCUGCAACUUCUACUGCAAGUGGAGUGAAUAGAGGAACAUAGGCAAGAAGUGUUACUGUCUUCUUUUAUAUGCAGUGCUUAAACAGUUUGGGAUUUACAGAUGUCCUCAGGGUUCCAUGAACCCCAUGCCACCCCACUUGUAUAGAUCACUAAACUCUAGUCUGCCUGCUUGGUUUUUAUUGCCAAAUGUCCAUGUGAUCCCUGACUCAUUGCAUACUGCUAGAUAGAGGGUAAUACUUUGCAGAGAGGAUUAGUGGAAGAACAUUGUUAUUAAUCUGUAGAUGGCAUUCUGGUAGGUAUUCUGAUGUUUCUCCAUAGCAACUAAGUAAGUUAGGCAAUCAUCAAGAGGUGUUGAAAUAUACAUAAAAAUACAAACUAUAGCAAUAAAGGAGUUGUGCAUUCUGCAUAGGUUUUAGAGCUGGAAGUUCCAUCUAAAUAAACUUAGAUUAAAUGGGAAUUGAGUGUAGCAGUCUUAUUUAAGGUACUGAAAGGCAAAAAAUCUAUAGAUUUUUUUUCCUGGUUUAACAUUUGUUGUUAUACAGCCACUUACAUGACCUUGUAUAUACCGGAUCUGUGACGAACCAUCGAAUGGACAGAUUGUCAAAAGUCAUGUGAUCGAACAAUCAGUCCAUAAAAAAAAUCUAAAUGAAAACAAACUCUCAUAGGUUCAUACAACAGAAAAAAAUGCAUUUGCAGGGGAGCAAGCCCCCCCCCGUACCUUCUUCCCCCCUAAUUAUUUAUACCAACUCCGAGAUCGCUCUACAGUGGGGAAAAGGGCACAUUUCCUGAUCAUUACUGUAACACAAUCUCACAAUGGUUCAACGGACUGAAUUUUUGAUCAUAUGACUUUUGACAGUCUGUCCUUUCGAUCAUUUGAUAAGAACAUGUCUGGGGACACAGACACAAAUUUAUUACAAUAUAUUACUUCCAUUAAUGCCACUUAGUUGAUGUUGUCUAGGACAAGAGUGUGAGUGCAGCCGUUAACAGGUUAAAUACAUUUCCCAGUUACUUACCUUUAGAAACCCUGUUUAGCACUGUUAGUGCCCUUAACUUUCACUUUUUAACAGCAUUUAUUGUACAGGGUAAAAUGAGCAAGGAAUGCAUGUAUAAUUUUUAUAACGCAGGCUAAAAGUGUAGUCGUUAGUGAAAUGCACAAGCGGAUAAAGAUGUCCUUGUUGUUCCUGAGCCAUAUUUAUUACUGCUGCUCUGCUUGCUCCUCUCUGUCUUUUCUUCACCUUGUUUUUCACAGUAGUCCUUGGCUGUGCACAGAGUAGACUAAACCCACCAGCAGCACUGGAUGUGCUUUCUCAAUCGCAUGUAAGUAUAGCACUUAGUUGCUUUAUAUAUAUUUUUAUGAUUAUACUUGGCUAACUUUUGGUACAUUGUAAAAGACUGCGAUGCUGUUUUCUCUGCAUGUUAUACUAGCUUGUUAAAGCAGAAGCAUUAAAAUGAACAUCUGGUUAUGGUUUACAGCCUGAAACUAACAGUGAGGAGAAUGUGCUGAAACAUCAUAGCCAAGUGCUUUCUGUAAGAUCUGCACAGAGGAAUUGAACAUUAUAGCAUUGCUUGUUAUAAAUCAGAGUAGUCUGUUCACAGUUGCCUAAGUAAAGAUGAUGGGAUUUUUGUUUUGCACUGGUAGGGGAUCACAGGUAGUUAUCAAACAUGUCUAAUGUUGAGAAACUCAUUUUUGUUUGCUGCACAACCCACCCUUCUCCCAUUCUUUUGCUUUGUUGCAUGCUGCUCUGCUGAGUUCAUACAUAAUUCAGUGCUUGUCACCCUGUCUUCCCUGAUUCCAUUGUUUAUAACUAAGCUUUGUAUACAACAACUUGUCAUUCUAUGUAACUGUAGCCCAUUUUACCUUUUGUAGCAUCAUCACUGUGAGAAAGCACAAUUUUAUCUGCAUUUGUUAUGUAUGCCAGUUCAUUUUUAUAUGGUUUUCAGAGAGACAUUUUUUUAUUGAAGCUGUGACCAGUAAAGUAACUCUCAUCAAUGUAUGAAUUUUAAUAUACUCAUAACCAUUAUAUUGGAAACUUUUUUAACAAAAUGUACAUUAGACUCUUAACUGAAAGAUGAAGCUGAUUUUAGAUUAUAAAUUAUGCCUUAGUACCGAAUAUCAUUUUUUAAUCUUAAAAUUUUUGAAAAUUGCAUGUAGUGCUUCAGGUUCAUAUAUAUUGAAAACAUAAAAUAAACAAAAGUGGUAAUAGUGAAAAUGUGUAUAUUUUUAAUCAGAACAGCCAUUUUUGUUUAUUGUAUAGUGCCUGUUUUUUUAGUGUAUAAUUGCAUAUCCACAUGUAAAAGGGGCAGUGUCACCCAUUAUGUACUGAUUUCACUAGUUUAAAUAUAAACAUCCAACCUUUGCCUCCAAAACAAGAGUACAAAGUAUAUAUGACACUAAGCCCUUGAUGUGAAUAAAAUGAAGGUCAUUAUUUAUUAUUGCA